AGAGAGAGAGAGAGAUGAGUAGUAGUAGUUUGCCUACAGUAGUACUGAUUGUAUGUCAGUGUAUGUAUGCAGGUGUAAAUCUGAUAAGCAGAGUUGCACUUGUGCAUGAAAUGAGCUCAAGGGUGUUUGUAGUUUACAGACAAUUCAUAGCCUUCUUGUUAAUUUCUCCAUUUGCUUGCUUCACAAGGAGAGAAACACAGGGAUAUUGGUAUGGGUGGAAAAGCUUCUGGUUGAUAUUUUUGCUCUCCUUUCUAAGUGUGACACUAAAUCAAAACCUCUACUUUGAGGGUUUGUACCUAGCCACCUCAUCAUCUGCAAGUGCAUUGGGGAAUUUGGUACCUGCAAUCACUUUUAUAAUGGCUUAUACCAUGGGAUUAGAGAAAGUCCAUUUGAGAAGCUUGAGAAGCAUGGCUAAAAUCGUGGGGACACUUUUCUGCGUAACGGGUGCAAUUACCAUGGCGCUAGUAAAAGGUCCGAAAUUACUAAACAUGGAACCAAUUAAUUCCGUUUUCCGUAAUAUGGGAGAACAGGAAAAUACAUGGUUACUGGGUAUUUUGCUACUCUUCGGAAGCUCCUGUUGCUGGUCAGUCGGGCUUAUUUUGCAGGUCCAGAUAGCUACAUGCUACCCUGAUCAUCUUUCAUUAACAGCUUGGAUGUGUUUAUUGGCAUCAAUUCAAUCUGGAAUAUUGACUGUUAUCUUUGAGCCGAAUUCGAAAGCUAAUUGGAAACUCAAUUCCUCCCUUGAAAUAUUGUGCUGCCUCUACGCUGGUUUAGUAUCAGCAGUAGCUUUCUUUGGUCAAAUUUGGUGCAUUGCAAGGAAAGGACCCUUCUUCAGUGCUAUGUUCAAUCCUCUUUGUGCCGUUGUAGUAACAGUCCUCGCUUGUACCUUUCUGCAUGAGGAGAUGUACAUUGGAAGGUACUUCUCAUGUUAUAUUGUAGGGUAAAUUACG